AUGACGACUUUCAAUCUGUGCAUUCUACUAAGCCUGGCAGUCACAGUUUACUGCAUACCAAUCCCACAGGUUACUGUGGAGGAUGAACGUCUUGCAGAGAGCUACCUGAAGAACUUCUUCAACCUAACAGAGGAGACUGGCCCGACUUUCAGACGUGCGAUCAACCCGAUGACCAGGAAGCUGAGCGAGAUGCAGAGAUUCUUCGGUCUCCAGAUCACCGGGACGCUGGAUGCUGACACCUUGGCAAUGAUGAAGAAGCCGCGCUGUGGUGUUCCAGAUGCCAACAUUGCCCAUUUCUCCACGUUUGGAAAUAACCUCAAGUGGGACAAAAACAGCCUCACCUACAGGAUAGAGAACUACUCACCUGACAUGACUGCAGCAGAGAUAGAUGACUCCAUAGACAAAGCGCUGCAGGUCUGGGCCAAAGUCACUCCUCUGAGAUUCACAAGGAUCUACAGCGGCACUGCUGACAUCAUGAUCUCCUUUGGCAGCCGAUCACAUGGUGAUUAUUACCCCUUUGAUGGCCCUGACGGCACUCUCGCCCAUGCCUUCGCCCCCGCCCCUGGCAUCGGAGGAGAUGCUCAUUUUGACGAAGACGAGACCUUCACUUUCCGCUCAAACACCGGCUACGUCCUCUUCAUGGUGGCCGCCCAUGAGUUUGGCCACUCUCUUGGCUUGUCUCACUCUGAUGAUCCUGGUGCUCUCAUGUACCCUGUGUACACAUACAGAGACCCAGACACCUUUGUUCUGCCCCGGGAUGAUGUCAACGGCAUCCAGUCUCUCUAUGGUCCAAACCCCAGCACUGAUCCUGUUCAGCCUGGACCUGAGCCCCCCACCACCCCUGACGCCUGUGAUUCGACCAUGGUCUUGGACGCUGUCGCAACCCUGCGAGGAGAAAUGCUCUUCUUCAAGGACAGCUUCUUCUGGCGUAGCUACCCUCAAAGCAAUACACCUCAGCAGAGUCUCAUCACAAACUUCUGGCCCAAUGCCCCCAUCAAUAUCGACGCUGCUUAUGAAAGCCAACAGUUAGACAACGUAUUGCUCUUUAAAGAUCGCAGAGUGUGGGCUUUCAGUGGCUAUGAUCUUGUACAUGGCUAUCCUAAAUCAAUUUCCAGCUUUGGUCUGCCCAAAAGCGUAAAGAAAAUCGAUGCCGCCUUCUAUGAUGUGGAAUCUAGAAAGACUCUGUUCUUUGUGGGCAGCAGCUACUACAGCUAUGAUGAGGCCAAAAAGACCAUGGACCAGGGGUUCCCCAAGAGGCUGGAUGAGACCUUCUCCGGCCUGACCAGCAAGGUGACUGCAGCUUUCCAGUACAGAGGUUUCACGUACAUCUACAGUGGAUCCUACAUGUUUGAGUACAGCCUGGCGACCAAGAGGCUGUACCGCGUGCUGAGGAACAGCUAUUUCCUGCGCUGCACUAACUAUUAGACCAGUUUACCAGCUAAGCUGCUUCUGCAGCCACUCACAGUGAUAAUGAAGGCAUAAUAAUUGAUAAUAUAUAAUGAAAUUGUUAUACUUAGGGGUAUAUACUGGAUGUAUGCCUUUCUUGAGCACCUUAUGUUUUUUCUGAGAUAUUUUUUUAUUUUUGUGAUGUCAGCCAUUGCUAUGUUAAGUUAAUUUAACUCUAUUUUAUCUUAUUUAAUUUAUGUUAUAUUUGUUGUUUCAUUAUUGCUUUUGAAUGUUCAUAUUGUGUUUAAUGAAGCUGAACUGUGGAACAUGCUAAGUAAAUUCAUUUGAACAUUGUUACAAUUCCACAUGUCGACACAGAUAAGCACACCACUGUGACAAAACAUAAGAAUAUCUAUGCAAAGUAUUAAAAAUGCCUAAAUAACUUAGA